AUGUGUCAUCUUCUCCUUGCAGGUCUUCUAUUACUCUACCAGCAUUUUCGAGCGUGCCAAAGUCCCCAAUCCAAUCGCCGCUACCAUCGCGCUGGUAUUGUGAAUGUGGUGUUUACAGUUGUAUCGCUGUUGGUUGUAGACCGGGCUGGACGGCGCACGCUACACCUCACCGGCCUCGGUGGAAUGGCCGUAUUUGCUAUCAUAUUGACAAUUGCUCUUAAGCUUACAGAACAGGCCAUCGGAUGGAGUUAUGUGAGCAUUGUGUCCAUCUACCUGUUUGUGGCUUUCUUUGAGAUCGGCCCAGGACCUAUCCCUUGGUUCAUCGUGGCUGAGCUUUUCAGCCAAGGACCACGUCCAGCAGCUAUGGCCGUAUCCGGCUGCUCAAACUGGACAGCCAACUUCCUUGUUGGGAUGUUAUUCCCCUAUGCAGAGAGAGGAUGUGGUCCAUACGUCUUCCUCAUCUUUGCGAUACUUCUGAUAUUGUUCUUCAUCUUCACGUUCUUCAAAGUUCCCGAAACUCGAGGACGGACAUUCGAGGACAUUGCCAAGAGUUUCCAAAAGUCUAAGGGCCUGGGUCAUGGCAGCCGGCGUAACAGUGUGGAGUUGACUGGAGUGAAAGUGCCUCCAGGACAGAUGGGGUAG